AUGCGUUCAGCGGUCGUGUUGGAGCAGUACAAUGCCGUGCGUGAACAGCUGCAAGCCCGUAUUGCGGAGAAAAUUCGAAGACAAAUGAGCACACUCGUAUGUUGGCCAAUAUGGAAAGCGCCGAUUUGCUGCUGGUGGCAGCCGAUGGCCGUAAACUGCCAGCACAUGAAUGCAUAUUACGAGCACGAGCUCCAGGAUUUUAUCAACGUCAUGUUGAGGCUACCGUGUCGGCAAUGGGCCGACAAGAUGGACGUCUCAGAGACGGUGGCCAUCGGGGACAUCGAUUCGUCCGGACUGGAGUUUUUCAUACACUCCGUGUACACAGAGGACGAAAUGGCUCAGUUUCCAUCGCCACUCGAAGAUGAACGCCGCGACUCAUCGCGUGCGUCGAACCGAUCACUCGCAAUGGAUGAAUCCACGGCUGAGUUGGAUUUUCACCAGAGAGGGGCGGAUGAUAGGUAUCAUCUACUUAUAUUACCAGAGUGUCUCAGAAAUUUUGAGGAAAUCCGGUCAACGAAAUAG